GUCGGGUCGUGGGUAUUCCCUUCUCUCUUACCCCAUCUCUCACUUGCAUCUUGGAAAUCCCUUUUUUUGUAUUUUUACUGUACACAAUUCGUGACCAGUGGUCUUGCUCUUGCCAGAAAUUCAAUGGCGCACAGUUGUUCGGAAGCACAAAAAAUAUUUCAUUUAUUUUUGUUUCAAGGCAAUAAAUUUUCAUCUCUCAAUUUUCUCCAUGUACUGUGUAGGGACGGCGGCCUAUUCCGCUUCUUGUUGCCUCUUUCGCCUGCACCUCCUGGCAUCUGUGUCGUCGAAGUCUUAAAUUUCGAUCUCACCAAUCCGGAUCAUGGAGCUAUGACCCAUGAG